CGUCGCGCAUUCUUCUGUGACUUUGACCGUAAAAACCGGUCAGGUUUUUCCAGCUGACUGUCACAGAUGUCAGCUCCUCCGUUUCGCCGUUUCUUUCUGCGGACAUGUGGCUGUUAGAUUUUAGUUUGUAGACAUCUGCGGACAUUUGAGCUGCACAGGUGAGCUGGACAGGUGAGCUGGACAAGUGGACUGGACAGGUGGACUGGACAGGUGGACUGGACAGGUGGGCUGUCGGCGGCAGGUGGAGGAGCUGAAGAUGAGAUGUGGAAGGUGGUGGUUUUUCUGAACCUGUGGAUUCUGCACUGCACAGUCUCCUCCUCUCCUCCGAGUCCCGUCAAUGUGAGCUUCUCCUCGCUGAAUCUCAGGAAUGUUCUGCACUGGUUCCCAGCAGACGGAACACCGGAUCAUACUCACUUUAAUGUGGAAUACGCCAUCUAUGGCGACAGCAUCAAGGGCAGCAAAGGAAGGCGGGUGAACUGGAGGGCAGUGAAGAAAUGUACAGAAAUCGUACGGACUUGGUGCGACCUGAGCAACGAGAUGUGUGAUCUAGAGCAGGGAUACCAUGCCAGAGUCCGAGCUGUGGGCAGGAAGUCAUCUUCCAAAUGGACUGUGACAAGAAGGAGAUUCGAUCCAAAGUUGGACACUAGUUUUGGCCCCCCGUUGGUUUCAGUGGAAAUAGAGAAUGACGGUCUUACCAUCAAUCUGAAGGGACCAAUGAGGUAUCAGCCAAACAACCAAACACCGGUGGUUUCCAUGGCGACGCUUUACCCCCAGAUGACCUACAUCGUCUCCAUCCGUAACAACCAACGCAACCAGGUGCAUCAUUUUUCGGUGGAUACUGGUCCGUUCAAGUAUCAACUGCUGGACUACAACACAGAAUACUGCUUCUCUGCUGAGUCUAAGUUCCUCUCCAUGCCGAUCCAGUGCCAGUCUUCGGCUUGGCAGUGCAUAACCACACCCAAAGACCCUGUGGUUGUACAGAUGCAGUGGGUGGUUGUGGGUAUUGUUGUUCCAUCUUUGUGCGUCUGUGUGAUGGUGGUGGCCGCCUACUUUCUGUAUCACUACCUGACAGGGAAAGGACAGAAGAACCCGUACAUACUGAACCCGCCUUCUUUCCACCCGCCGCCUCUCACGUUCCCUCCUGAAAAUCUGAACUUCAUCCUGAUCAGCAUCAUCAAAGACGAUUCGCCAUCGGAUGCUUGCAGCGUUGCAUCAAACCCUGCAUGUUCCAAACCACAGCUAUGUAUCACAAGUGCUGCUCCACCCUGCAGCUACUUCCCUCAGGGGUCCGAGACACCUCCACUGCCUGGAGAACCCUGGGAUGAUUCGUCCAUCGACUACGGAUUCAUUAGCACGACUCCUAGAAUCAACGUGGGGAGGCGUGACAAAGGCGAAGAGGGGAUGAAGGAGGACGAUCACCCCAUUGGAAGUUACGCUCCUCAGGCAAAAUCAGUUCACAUAUGCAGACAAAUCCAGGUGGCUGAGGUGAACACACCUGUGCAGGUUCAUGCAUGGUCACAGGUAAAUCCAAUUGUACCAGAAGUCAACAGAAAGCAGGAGUUUCCAGGUUUGUUCAUUAACAAAAACCAGCAAAAUGACCUCUUCACUGUUCCUCUAAAUCUAAAUAAGGAGGUAGGAAGAGAGGAAAAGAUGGAUGAGGAGAUGAGAGCAAGAGCAGAUAGGAAAAAAGAGGUUGACAAAGAUGAAAACAUGCCUCUUCUCUCUGGCUAUACCACCCAAAACAUCCAAAACAUGCCCCAUUCUGAUCAGUCUGCUUUGUUAUCAGAUGAUUACGGUGUUCUGAGGCCGGCAGCAGCCCAAUACGCUGAGGAAGAUGAUGGUUAUGAUGAUGAGGAGGAGCAGGGAGCUAUUUGUGUUAACUGGGAUCCCGAGACUAGAGAACUACAGCUGCCAGAGUUUAAUGGAGAAGAAGGGUUGGAUAGAUUAAUGCUUCCAUAUGCAGGGAGGCAGGACAGGAUGGCAGAUGAGGAUGAGGAGGCAUUUGUGAUGAAGGGCGAGUUGAAGUUGGAAAAUGUGUUUGUCAGACAAGCUUCUGAGGAAGACGAGGCCCAGAGAGAGGUGGAGCAAGGCAGGGAAACCGGGUGGCAGGUGGAUGAUAUUUUGAGCAAAUGGAACUUAACGAUCUCUAUGGAUCAGUAGAUGAUAUUCAUCAAUAUAUUUUCUCCGAAAAUAUAAGAAAUCAGUAUGUGAUAAUAUCAAUCUUGUAGGAGCACUUAGUACUGUAGCAGGGUUACUUUUGUAUCUGUGAAUGUUGCUCCUUUAGUAUCGUCAUGAUCAACAGUUUACUGAUUAACUAAUGCCUGUAAUCAAUGUACUGUAAAUACAUAUGAAGAAAUCACACUGUGAUCAACUCUGAAGGAAAAUAUGGGUUCAGUUUAAUCUUAAGAAAAACAUUAUUUAUAUUAUUCUCUUGUGUUUUUCCUACCACCAUCUCAGCCAAACAAAAUGUACUGUUCUGGACUGCUGUGUUACACAUGGUUGUCCAGAACUGGCAUUAAAAAAAAUGCAUGGUGCGAUCAAAAAGUUCCAAGACUGCGCUAAUAAAAAUCAAACGCUUCUCCUGAUUUAAAAGCGGCAGCCAUCUCUGCUGACAGUCUCCUCGUGCAGCAAUACUCUGGUCCCAGUGCUCCUGCAACACUCUUCCUGGAAGUCCAUCCUUCCAUUUCCUUCCGUUUAUCCAGAGUCAGGUCUCGGUGGGUAGCUGGCUAAGGAAGGCAUUUCAGACGUCCUUCUCCACUGCAACAUUUUCCAGUUCCUUCUUGGGGAGGAAGGAUGGGAUUUGUGACCUCAUUCUUUUGGUCACUACCCAGAGCUCAUGGCCACAGAAGAAGGACAGAACAUAGAUCAAUUGGUAAAUGGAGAGUUUUGCCUCAACCUUUCUGUACAACACUCUUAUUAUUGGUGACACUACAGCAAUCCAUCCAGUCCAUCUGUCCACUUCAUGCUUCAUUGUCCAAACCAGAAACUCCAAUGCAAAGGAGCUACCGGUCGUUGCUCCUUCACGCCAAAAGAAACCAGCUGAUGUGGUAAGGAUGCCUCCUCUGUGGCUUUCUUCUUUUGGAGACAUUCACCCAGUAAACUUGAGUCCCAUCUCAGACCACAAAACUGGUUUUAUUUUUUCCCUUAAGUUACAUUUUAAAUGUUCGCAAUCUGUGUUUACUUGCGUUUUCAGUCUGUGUCUGGGUAAGUUUAGGCACCCAAACCACUCAGUUAGGUUUAGAAAAGAUCAUGGUGCGAGAUAAAAUAUGCAGUUUGUGUUACAAAGCUCCAUUUUGUACCUUUCAACGGCGGCUACAGCACCAGAGAUUUUACAUGCACUGUUGUUCAUAGCAUAUCAUCAUGUAUUCUGUUGACUCUAGACAGUUGCUGUUUGCUUAUGUUGGUCACGCAUGAUGCAACGUAAACAAGUCUUGGAACUUUUUGAUCGUACUAAUAUAUUUGUUUUGGACUGAUUGUGAGAUGAUAAUUUAGCACAAAAAAGCCCAUUUAGGAAGCUUUACUUGAGUAUUUGCUUUUAGUGUGGCCGUUUGCUUUCACGUGACCACAGUUUACUGUAGAUAUAACUGUACACUGCCCAUCGCAGCUAGUUUUGGUUUCUCAUCAGUCUGUCCAGGUGAAGCACCUAAACUGUUCUGGAACAGAGUUUGAGUCGUGUUGACAAUAAUUACUCAUUUUAUCUCUCAGUGAUAACAGCAGUCAUUAUAAUCUGUUGUAAAUAGUGACGAUCAGAAGUGCAGGGUCUGUACCUUUGUGUUUGUUCCUCCUGAGACUCAGCCUACUGACUGUAUCCUCUGGAGGGGAUUGUUUGUUCACAUGCAUCUCCUUUGACACUUUAACACCACUCUAUGAGUCUCUGUUGUAUUGUAAAGAGGACAUGCUGGGCUUUCUACGUAUAUGUCAUAAGAUAGGUUGGGCUGCUGGGAACCGCUGUUUCUUUACAUGCAAAAGGGUUGACGAAAGAGGAGAGAAAAGCUGUGUAUUGAUUUUUUAACCAUGAUAAUCACAUAUGUUUAUCAGAAUGUCAGUAUGGAUAUGUUUACCUCUAAAAACUUUGUUAGACCAAGACUGUCUUAAUGUACUAAUUAACUCCACAUUGUUGUAGGUGACAGAACUGAUAAUUCUCCGUUAGAUAGUUAAAGGAGACUGAUUUUUCUGAUAAAGAAAGUGAUAAGGAGACUUUGAACCUGUGAGAAAGGUUUAUUAGGUUCGUAUACGAAUCAACCAGAACUCCAUUCAUUCCUAUGAGAGCCUCCAUUAUCUCCAAUGUUUUCAAAACUCAUCUUUUUUUUUUCUAGUCUGGAAUGUGAUAGUAUGAUGAUAUUUCAAGUUAGCAGCAUCCUGCAACAGAUUAUGCGACAGCAGUUGUAAAGGCAUGGGUUUGUGAUCAGUAAAGCCGAUACCAGUCUGUUUAAAAAAUGUUUUGAUCAGCUCUGAUUUGAUCUUUGGGACUGGAUCCAGACAUCUCUACUUAGAAAUCAGGUCAAUUUGUACCUGUAGGGUUAAAAAUCGUUCCCUCCAGCCAUUAGAGGUAAUGUAUUGUGUUCGAAAAGCAUGGUUUUCACUUUAAACUCAAGAUUCGUUUCAGUUACAUAGACAUUUAAAAGGUUUACCUUCACUUGAUGGGUUCUUACAGAUAGUAGAGUGUAAAAGAAAUCUUUGAAAAGCCAAAGAUCCAUGAAAAAUCUGGAUCUCACACAACACACCUGUACAAAUGUCCAUGUUGGUGUGAAAUCACCAACUUACUCUGCUAAGUUUGUGAUUUGUCUGUUUCUGUCUCUUGCAAAGAUUAGCCAUUUUAUCUGGAUCCAGGUUCCUCUCACAAAACUGCCUAAAAUAUCGCAAAAAUAUAGAGGUAAAAUCUUUAUUUUUAUUUAAUUUCAUCCAAUGUGUCAACACAACAAUGAGGAGGUGCAACUUCAUACAUUUGCUGAGACUGUGGUGUGAUGAGGAUGAUUAAGACCCAACAAUAGCACUUCAUACUCCUUUAUUCCAACAUAUAUUCUCCAUAUAUGUAUGUUAUUAAUAAUGAAGUGUCUGACCUGCAGUAUGCAUCAACUUCCUUUCAGCGAGUCAAUCUGAAAUCUUUACUGCGCCUUCUUUACUUUCUCGUCUGCAGUGUUGAAACCAUUAAUCAUCACUCUGUCAUCUUGUUUUUUUACAUUCAUGUGAUGUUUGCUUGGAUUUUCCUGAGCUGAGAGGCGUGAGAACUUAAUUUUUAUUGCGUCUAUUUUAAAAGUAGCUAGACUUUAUUAUUUGCUACUGUGACUUCUGCAUUCCAGCACCAUGAACAAGUUCAAAACAAUGAUAAAAAUGUGACGACUAAAGCAAAGUGGAAACUUUCUGUUGCACAUUUAUACCUUUGCUUGUUGCUUAGAUGAAACCUAAAUAAGUUUCAUUUUACAUACAAAAAAAGGAAACUAAUGUACAUUUGGUAAUCUUGUUCCUUUUUUGUUUUUGUUGCGCAUUCAUCAAGUUAGAGUUAUAACUCAGAAUUAUACGUCAUAAGCACAUAAAAGUGUCGCCACAUGCACCUUCCUCCCUGUAAACUGGUUUCCUUUGAUUAUCUGAAGGUGGAAUUGUGAGACAACAAUUAAUUUCAGAUUCAUGUCAUGUGAUGUGAGGAUACAUUUGGUGCAGUGCAUGAAGUUAAACUCUGGGGGGGGAUAAAACUUGUAGUAAUUUACAUUUUAACAGUUUUGCUUGUUGUACAACAUAAUUACUGUAUAUAUAAAAGAAAUUAUUAAGUAAA